AUGGAAUUAUUCUAUUCAAAACUUGAUAAACAUAUAGAAUCUUUAGACGAAAAAUUUCGUUCAAAAUUUGUUAUCACACGAGCUGUUUAUAAUGACAUCAUAUUGGUGAUAAAAGAUGGUUGGGGUGAAGCACAGUUUAAAUUCUGGGUCCACAAACACUUUAAAUUAGUUACUAUUGGCGAAUUACAAGUUGUUUAUGGCAUUAAGUCAAAUAAUCCGGUGAUUACAUAUGAACAAUUAUAUAUAAAAAUUAAAGAAUGUCAUGAAAGAGUGAAACAACAGUAUUGUUGGAUUCCAUUUGAUGUAGUAGUCAUUUUUAUUUCACAAUGUGAUGUAUGUUGCAAUCGAAAAGGAUUUCCCAAACCAAUAGCUGGAUUAGCACCGGUUGUUUACGCAAUCAAUACCAGUGAUGCUAAGUCAAUUAAUAAAACACCUUAUGAGGUUGUUUUCGGACAGAAACCACGUUCCGAUUUCGAAGUGUGGAAGCUAUUAAGUGAAGCUGGUAUUGAAGAUGAGGAAAAAUUGCCACAAGAAUUUGUUAAUGCUUUGAAUGAAGUUGAUUGUGGUGGAAGUGACAUUAUCGGUCAAUCUACUCAAUGUGCUAAAGAAGUGGCUAUAGCUGUUCAAAGUACACAUUAUUCAAAACAAUUAAUUAAUAAAACUAUGUCACCAAAAACAACAAAUACUGUUGAACAGUCGCCAUUAUCAUCAUCACUAAAUACCAUUUGUCAUAAAGGAAAUGAUACAGAAUCAAAUGAAGAUGUUAAAUGUUGUAAUGCAAUAGACCACGAAGAGGUUAUAUGUUCUUCAACUUUAGCUUCAAUUGAUAAUAUGAAUAAUAAUAAUGAUGGUGAUGAUAUCUCAACACCAGAUAGACAUAAACGAAUUAGAGAUGAAGCUGAAGAAGCUUAUAUGAAAACAAUUGCUAAAAGACAAAGAUUAUAUGAUGAUGCUCAACACUUACGACAAUUCCAAAUUGGAGAUUUGGUUGGGUUAAAAAUUGAUAAAGUUGAUAGAACCAACACAACACCAAAAAUUUUACCAUGCAAAGUUAUUUCAAUACAAUCAUCAUAUGAUAAUAUCAAUAUCUAUUGCCUUUGUACAACAAAAUGUGUUCUUUCUUCAAAAUAUUAUGUAAAUGAUUUGAUUGAUUUAACAAAAUGUAAUUUUGCGGAAUUGCGUGCUAUUGAUUUUCAAACAUUACCAACACAAACAUUUAUUCAAGCUUGCAAAGAUUACGUUAGCAGUGGGUUCAAUCCAGUGGUUGAAGCUUGUGUUUGUCAUGGCGCCUGUGCUACAAAAAAAUGUCAAUGCAAAGCAGCUAAAGUACCAUGUGGUACAAAGUGUCAUCCUGCUAAAAAGAAAUCUUGUACAAAUAUAUAG